AUGAGCGAUCAAGGAUCCAGACCAGUGGGCGUGCCAGUUCUAGCGGGCGUGCCAGUGCCAGUGACCGUGCAAGGACAGAUACCGCCAGAGCGUCCAGUAUCCAGCGCCGAGAGGUUGGAACAGCAGCCUACAGAGACAACUGAACAGAAAACAGCGACCAUGGAGAGUGAACUAGCCGCGAUUACAGUGUCAGCUAGGAUAUAUCCUUUCUGGAAAGAUAUGCCUAAGCAAUGGUUCAACCAGUUCGAAGCGAUCGUGGGUCCCCAGAAGAUGUCCAAAGAGGCAAAGUUCGACCUGGUAGUGGGCAAAUUAGGCCGAGAAGAGCUGACCACGAUAGGAGACAUAUUAGAUAAUACGGAAAGGAAUUACGACACCCUGAAAGCUAGGCUCAUCAAGGCGUUUCAGGAAAGCGCCGACCGGCAGUUUAACAAGCUAGUGAAAGAAAUGGACUUAGGGGAACAGAAGCCGUCGCAGCUUUACAGAAGAAUGGCUGAAGCGGCCAGAGACGCUAACGUCGCAGAAGAGACUGUCCGGAGGUUAUGGUUGCAGAGACUCCCGACAGCAUCGAGGGCGCUCCUCGCAAUGGUACCAGAGAGCGCAAAGUUGGAGGAGCUGGCAGCGAUGGCCGACAAGGUGCAGGAGUCCAUGGGCUCGGGGGUGAUAGCAGCUGUAGCAACCCCGGAGAGCCAGUUGACCACGGCGAUAAAUGCUGACCUGAUAAGUGGGUUCCGAGAUAUGGCUUUGGAAAUAAGGCAACUUAGGACUGAAAUACCACUUCAAGUUCCGAGAAAAUGCACGGAGCUGUACCCAGCCGUGUGCCUGGGGCAGGCAGCAGCCGUCGGCAGGCGUAGCGCCGCCGACAGCAUAUACCUGGCAGCAGCAGUCGGCAGGCGCGGAGCCGCCGACCGCGUUCAGCUGGCAGCCACCGCAGGGAAACUAGACGCGGUGCACCCUGGAGCGGCUGGGGGGUGCGUGGAGCCGAGAUCGGAAAGCCACCGCUUGUGUGUUUUAGACUUCAAUAGUGGUAUUAAUUUUUUAGUAGACACCGGAGCAGACGUAUCCAUCGUACCAGCUAGUAGAUUCAGUGCCACAGUGCGUCGCGAGUGUGGUUUAAAAUUGUACGCAGCUAAUAACACGGAAAUUAAAACUUUCGGUACAGUGUCGCUAGAGCUCAAUUUAGGACUGCGGAGAGCGUUUCGGUGGACAUUUAUAUUGUGUGACGUGACUCGAGCCAUCAUCGGUGCAGAUUUCUUAAGGACUCAUAAGUUAAUGGUAGAUUUGGACAGUAGAAUAUUAGUUGAUAAAGUGACAAACUUUAGAUGCGUAGGGUCUAUUGAGCAUUGUGAACAUGAGUCCAUAAAAUGUAUUCGGGAUGAUAACCCAUACCGUGACAUCUUGAUGCGUUACAUGGACGUAGCAAACCCCGUAUCGUUUAAAGAACCUGCUAAACACAGUGUAAAGCACUACAUAGAGACAUCAGGUCCUCCGGUAUAUGCGCGAGCUAGGCCGUUACCGCGAGAUAGAUAUGAGCAGGCAAAGCAGGAAUUUCGUAACAUGCAAGCUUUAGGUAUUUGCAGGCCGAGUAAGAGUCCUUGGGCCAGCCCUCUACACAUAGUUCCGAAGAAGGACGGGCAGAUCAGACCGUGCGGAGACUAUAGGAGGCUGAACGCUGUCACGAAGCCGGACAGGUACCCGAUUCCCAGGUUACAAGACUUCACGUACGGAUUAUCGGGUAAGUCAUUAUUUUCCACUUUAGAUAUCAAUCGAGCAUAUCAUGCCAUAGAAGUCGCACCUGAGGACAUCGAGAAAACGGCAAUAAUUACGCCUUUCGGAUUAUUUGAGUUCCCAAGGUUAUGUUUUGGAUUACGUAACGCAGCACAAACGUUUCAGCGUUUCAUGAACGCUGAAUUACAGGACAUCGAGGCGAUCACUGAUAACCUAGGCGCAAAGUCUUCAUUAUUUUGUUACAUAGAUGAUAUAAUAGUAGCUUCAGAGAACGAUAGUGUGCAUAGGGAACAUCUUGCAAAAAUUUUUGAGCGUUUCGAAAAAGUCGGUUUAACGAUUAAUUUGAGUAAAUGUCAGUUUGGAUUAUCGCAGGUAGAUUUUUUAGGUUAUACAGUUUCAGAAAACGGAUUACGACCACGCGACGACAAAGUAAAGGCUAUUAUUAACUAUCCGAGACCCGAGACCGUUGAGCAACUUAGGCGUUUCUUAGGAAUGGUUAACUUUUAUAGAGCACAUCUAGGUAAAGCCGCGGAGAUACAGAAUCAUUUAAAUAAGUUUUUGCACAACUCGAAGAAAAAGAUCAGACGAAAAUUGAGUGGGACGCCGAGGCAGAGACCGCGUUCGAGCAGUAGCAACGGGAUCGUCGAACGUUGGCAUCGGGUAGCUAAAAGUGCUCUAACAGCCAGGUUAGCAGACAACGCAUCCUGGACGGACGAGCUUCCAACGGUUCUACUAGGACUCCGAGCAGCGUGCAGGUCAGACAAUGAGGACAAGAAAGAGAACCACAUACUCAAAAGUGACCUGAAAUUAGCAAGCUUGGGCAAACCGAUGACGCCGAUAUUCCGGCGGCACGUGGUCACGGAACGGCCGGACUUCGUCGACGGCAGGUUUAGCUACCGAGAGCGCAAGCCCAGCCACGAUAAAUUUAUUGAACUGGGCAGAAACAGGAUCAAAGCCCCCGCGAAGCCGCUGACUCGCUGCUCGCCCACCAACAACGUCCCUCUAGAAGUAGAAAAGCCCGAGAAGAGAAGAGAAGGUAUCUCCAGAAGCAACUACGUCAGCCUUGCCAACCUCAAGAUUAACUCCAAGAAGGACUUCGAGAAAAAGAGAGAAGAUAGUUCACCUGUUGAACGAGUUAUUUAG